AACAGUCGUGCCGUUCUGCUUCAGCCAGCAAAGGAGGACGGGGAUCAUCAAGAAAGAUGUUUUUUGUAGCAGGGGCCAAAAAUACUGCAGCAGCAGGGAGAGGAAAUGAAAGAAGGUCCAUUUAUCAGAAAUUUCGUGAGGUAGACUCCUUUUUAGACAAGAAGAAGACAGUGACAGCCCUUAAGCCUGGAGAGGACCGGGCCAUUCUCCUGGGACUCGGGAUGAUCCUGUCUUCAGUCAUGAUGUAUUUUGUCCUGGCUAUCACCAUAUUACGCUACUAUGCAGACAGCGUGUGGACAGAGGAAGGCGUGUGUGUGGUUCUCAACUCCACGGUCACAACAGAAAUGAACUGUUCCUACAGCUGUGGGUCAGACUGCUGGAGAGUGUCCAAAUACCCUUGUCUGCAGGUCUAUGUGAGUGUCAAUAACACAGGACGAGUCACUCGUUUAUCUCACAACGAAGAGACGCAGGAUGCCAGCUCUGAAUGUGUCUAUGUGCCGCGGUGCCAGAAGGACAGCAUGGCCAUGCACGCCGUAAUCAUGAACAUUUCUGAGCAUCUGAAGGUGAACCAGCAGGUCUCCUGUUACUAUGAUCCCAGCGAGCAGCAGGAGAACGUCCUCCUGACACGGCUCUAUGACCACAGCGUCGUCUUCCACUCGCUGCUCUGGCCCUCGUGCAUGCUCUCGGGAGGGGCCCUCAUCAUCAUGAUGGUGAAGCUCACCCAGUACCUCUCAAGACUUUGCGAGGAGAUAGGGAAAAUCAAGAGGUGA